UAUUAGGAUAGUAUUUCAUGAAGUCUAGUGUAAGUUAGGCUAGGGCAAAGCGGGAGGCAUACAAGUACAGGUGACACUUUACCCUUACGUCGGGGUCCACUCUCCACUCACCUCUCCGCACCCCACUCGUGGGGCAUGGGAUUCAAUCAACUUCGAUGAGCAACAGUUUGUUGCAAUUUAAGUUACUCUUUGCCACCUGUCCAGAUCCGUUCCGCCACGCCCCAUGUGGCCGGCACAGGCACGAGGCUGCACAUACACGAUGGGGCUUGCUGCCGAGGACUUCGUGGCGCCCGCCUGCGCAUCGCGCGUAUAAAAGGACCACUCCGGACGGAGGAUUCAUCAGUUGGCCCAGCGAAGCGGCGCGCGUCUUUCAAUUCGAGGACCAAGGGACCCCUUCCAACAGUGUUCUUAAGUUCCAAAGUGUCCGGAAAACAAAUAAGAAUGUGUGAAAAUUGAAAUUGUGGCUAUUGAAAUUUCUAUUCAAAUUCUAUUGACGAAAUUAAUGGCCAGCAGAGGCAUUGAAGCCUCCUCCAGUCCGACGGAACCGUGCAGCAUGUGAGAGGCCGAGUGGCGAAAUGCCAUUUUCACGUCCACAGCGCUAAACGGGCCGGAAAAGAUAGAGGAAACUGCGAGGAAGCAGCCCAUCCAGAGAGCAGCAGAGGACCGAGGACGAGACCUUGGCAACUCCCACCCCUGUUUCGCCCCUGGCCCCUGAGCUGACUGAGGAGCGAUUCCGGCUGGCUACGCUAGUGCCGCGAUCGGCGUACACGGCCACGCCUCCCGCCCAGGCCCAGGCCAAGGCACAGGCAGAGGGACAAGCAGCAGCCGAUCCCUGCCCCAGAACGAUGGAACGAAGCGCGAGUGUCAAUAACAGCUCCGAGUUCGGCGGCGGCCACAGCUCAGCCUCGACGGCGGGCAGAUCCACGGCCACGCCCUGGACGAACAACAAGGAGUCACCGAACAACGAGGAUGACUCGAACGAGGACGAUGGCGACAUACUUGCCACACCCGCCAAGGUCACCGAUCCGCUGGCACCGCGUCUGGCCAACAAUGAGCGUGUGCUGGUUGUGUCCGUGACGGAGCGUACCCGCGAGACUUGGGGCCAGAAGGCCGAGUUCCUGCUGGCCGUCAUCGGUUUUGCCGUCGAUCUGGGCAACGUGUGGCGUUUCCCCUAUAUCUGCUACCAGAACGGCGGCGGUGCCUUCCUGGGGCCCUACUGCCUCUUCCUCAUCUUCGGCGGCCUGCCGCUGUUCUACAUGGAAUUGGCCCUCGGACAAUUUCAUCGAUGCGGUUGCCUAAGCAUCUGGAAGCGCAUCUGUCCGGCCCUAAAAGGUGUUGGCUAUGCGAUUUGUUUAAUCGACAUCUAUAUGGGGAUGUACUACAACACAAUUAUUGGAUGGGCGGUCUACUAUCUGUUUGCCUCAUUCACCUCGAAGCUGCCGUGGACGUCGUGCGAUAAUCCGUGGACCACGGACAACUGUAUGCCCGUGACCAGCGAAAACUUCACCGAAUUGGCCACCUCGCCAGCCAAAGAGUUCUUCGAGCGCCGAGUUCUGGAGAGCUACAAGGGCAACGGUCUGGACUACAUGGGACCCGUGAAGCCCACCCUAGCCCUGUGUGUCUUCGGGGUCUUUGUGCUGGUGUACUUCUCGCUGUGGAAGGGUGUGCGGAGUGCCGGAAAGGUGGUUUGGGUGACGGCCUUGGCCCCGUAUGUGGUGCUGAUCAUCCUCCUGGUGCGCGGAGUCUCACUGCCUGGCGCCGAUGAGGGCAUCAAGUACUACCUGACGCCCGAGUGGCACAAGCUGAAGAGCUCCAAGGUCUGGAUAGAUGCCGCCUCGCAGAUCUUCUUCUCUCUGGGCCCCGGCUUCGGCACACUCCUCGCCCUCUCCAGCUACAACAAAUUCAACAACAACUGCUAUCGAGAUGCCCUCAUAACGAGCACCAUUAACUGCCUGACCAGCUUCCUGGCCGGAUUCGUCAUCUUCUCGGUCUUGGGAUACAUGGCCUAUGUGCAAAAGACAUCCAUUGAUAAGGUGGGGCUGGAGGGGCCUGGGCUGGUGUUCAUCGUCUACCCCGAGGCCAUAGCCACGAUGAGCGGCUCUGUGUUCUGGAGCAUCAUAUUCUUCCUGAUGCUCAUCACCCUGGGCUUGGACAGCACCUUUGGGGGCCUGGAGGCCAUGAUAACGGCGCUGUGCGACGAGUAUCCCCGUGCGAUUGGCAGGCGUCGGGAGCUGUUUGUCCUGCUGCUGCUCGUCUUCAUCUUCCUGUGCGCCCUGCCCACAAUGACCUAUGGAGGCGUUGUCCUGGUCAACUUCCUGAAUGUCUACGGGCCCGGACUGGCCAUCCUCUUUGUGGUGUUCGUGGAGGCUGCCGGAGUGUUCUGGUUCUACGGCGUGGACCGCUUUAGCUCCGAUGUAGAGCAGAUGCUGGGCUCCAAGCCGGGACUGUUCUGGCGCAUCUGCUGGACCUACAUCAGUCCGGUGUUCCUGCUGACAAUAUUCAUAUUCUCGAUCCUGGGCUACAAGGAGAUGCUGGGCGAGGAGUACUACUAUCCGGACUGGAGCUACAAGGUGGGCUGGGCAGUGACCUGCUCCUCCGUGCUGUGCAUACCCAUGUACAUCAUCUACAAGUUUUGCUUUGCGACCAAGGGUGAUUGCCGGCAGCGGCUGAAGGAUUCCUUCCAGCCGGACGACAGCAGUGGCUCGGUGGUCCCCGGCCAGCAGGGCACCUCGGUGUGACAUGACAACGUCGUGCACUUGAACAUCCACACCAACAGGACCAAGAUCAAGAUAUAUAAUUUGAAUUGUAAAAGCUUUUCACCAACAACGACAGUACCAGUACCCCUCGAAGAGAGCAGCAGCAAUAGGCUCCUGAAUAGCUACCACUCCUACCACACAAAUAAUCUUAGCUACCACUAUCCAGAUCCAGACGCAGAUCCCACAAAGCACACCCACACCCCGAAUGGGGUGGAUCAGAAUUGGAUCGACAAUGAUAUUAUUACGUAUAGCGCUAGUGAUAGUGCUAGUGUUAGGCCCUCGCAUUCGCAUAGCCAUAAUAGUUUAGGUCUCCAUAACAGUUUAGGUCUCCAUAGCAGGACCCCCUUUGCUGCCACUGCUGGCGAGGACAAUAACUACGGCCUGAGGCUCGGCAGCUGCAAGCCGCUGAAGUUUCCCCUGGCCAGCGAGUGGCUGGUUUGAAGGAGCAUCCGCGACGAUAGCACCCACGAAAGCUCUGCAAGCAGCCAUUUUGCAGGGCUUUCCCAAAGUGCACGGUGUGCGUGUCCUCCACUUGGUACCAAAUUACAGGACAGGUGUACUCUUUCACGUUUAGUUUGUAAGCGUUAAGCGUAGCUCAGCUCGCAAGUAAAGCGACAUUUGGUAAAAUGCUUUCAUAGAAAACUAGUAGAUACAUAAAAUACAUUCUCGAAACACCCUUUACAAUGCCUGCACUUACACAAAACAUUUCCCUCUGUUGUCGGUUAGAGAAACAAUCGUAAGACAGCCAUUUACAUUGUUUUUCUAACGCGUGUUCGUUGAUAUUAAAAUUAAAUAAUAAAUAUUCCAUACAUAUUAUUUCGGUUGACUUGCCGUUCGUUAACUGAUACGCAUACCUGGGCGAAAUAAAAACAGGAGACGAUCCUACAUGAAAAAUAAGUAAAUGAGCGAUGCGAUGAUCGAAAGUUGGUGAUUGUUGUUCCAGUUGUGGC